AUGUCAAGUAAAAUUUGGUCAUCCAACUGGCGUCGUCCCUCAAAUCUACCAUUUCCGCAAAUCUGGCACACUUUCACGGCUCCUGAUUUGGAUGGAACUUCCGUUUCUUACGAAAUUCGUGACUUACCGCCUUUACGAUUUUCAGAAGCAUGCGAACUCAUGAUCGAACACUACAUUCCCGAUGAACCUCUGGCUCGUAUCAUGAAGCUCAAAGACGAACCGGAUUCCGUGAACGAAUAUGUUGAAUUAUGGCGAAUGGCGAUGCAGCAAGGAAUUGUUGUUGGUUGCUUCAAAGACGACGAAUUAGUUGGUGUGAAUAUGACGGGAGUUUUGUCGAAAAGUGACGAAUUGCGAGAUCACAAGUACCGAGGAAAAGCCUUUCAUUUCACGAUUGAGCUUUAUUUGUGGUUAUUGCAACAAUUUGACAUGUAUGAGAAAUUCGGGAUUGAUUCGUUUUUACUUGGAUACGGGAUGGGAGUGCAAAGAAAGUACAGAUAUCGAGGAAUUGCAACGGAAUUUUUGAAAGGGAGAAGACCGAUGUUGGAAGCGAUUGGAGUUCCGUAUACGACGACGAUGUUUACAUCUGGAGGAACACAAAAGGCAGCAACGAAAGCGGGAUAUACUACUUUUUAUGAGAUCAAAUAUGAAGAAUGCAUUAAAAUGGGAUAUCCUUUGAAAGGUAUCGAAGUUGAGAGUGUAAAAAUGCAAGGAUGUGGAAUUGAAAAUUGA